AGCAUCGAGGAGGAGCUGCAGGAGCUGCUGAAAGCUCAAGCCGUCUCCGUUAGCCCGGAGACCACUGAGGAGCAGCAGAGCUCAGAGGAUGGGGCCAGUGCUGAGGAAGAGGAGGAUGAGGACGAGAGCGAUGAUGAGGGUUGGAUAACACCCAGCAACCUCAAGCAGGUCCAGCAGGACACGGGGCACUGCGACACCGCUCCCAUUGACAUCCAGGUCGGCUGCGUCACCACUGACUUUGCCAUGCAGCUCAUCCUGCUUUCUCCGUUCUUGCUGCAGAACGUGUGGGCGGUGACCGCCGUGUUGUUCCGCCAGGCCAGGAGCUACAUCCUCCGCUGCCACGGCUGCUUCAGGACCACUUCGGACAUGACCAAGGUGUUCUGUCCCCACUGCGGUAACAAGACCCUGAAGAAGGUCGCAGUGAGCGUCAGCGAUGACGGGAGCCUCCACAUGCAUUUCUCCCGCAACCCCAAGGUGCUGAACCCCCGAGGGCUCAGGGUGAGUCGCUGGAUGGCAUGUGCUGGGCGCUACCGGAUUGCGCCUCUUUUUUUUUCUCACCUGGUGGAGGACCAGCCCUUCCCGCAGCAGCGGCUGCCCCGCAAGGCCCGGCAGAAGACCAACGUCUUCGACCCCGACUACAUCGCCGGGGUCUCGCCCUUUGCGGAGAACGAUGUCUACAGCCGCGCGGCCAACCUGCAAAUCCGGGACGCGGCCCUGGGCGCGGGCAGGAGGCGCCUGAACCCCAACGCCGUGGCCAAGAAGUUUGUGAAGAGGCGGUGA